ACAUGCGUCCCUAUUGACCAUCCGUCCAUCACCACUCCUUGGCUUGUCUCUGCAUCGUUCACCAUUAACCAACAACAACCAUCAUGGAGUUCUCACUUAUUCCAGGACAUUCACUUGGAACGAUCGAAUUGGGCUCGCUGUUAUGGAACGUACUUAGCAUUCUACGAGCCGAACAAGCCACAUUCAAGCAUGUCCAGAUAUGCUGGGAAGCCGGGAAACCGGCAACAGGAUAUCUCCUUUUGUCAAUAACCUCCCCACCCACACGCCUAUUAUUCGAAGGAGUCGAUCAGAGAUUACUGCUUAUUGAGGCCCAUCAGUCACCCUCUCACGAACGGAAUAUUGGCAACUCCCCUUCUCUAGGCGAAUGGGUUCACUAUCAAAACCAGCCAAUCUCACAUGCCGUCGGUCCGAAUGAGCCGGGCGUCACUCUAAGAGUCAUUCAUCGUCUAUUUGGUCCAACAUAUCCACCAGCCCCCCAUACGUCACAUCACAACGAGAUGGUCGUGUCAUAUCCCGGGGUCACAUUCUCAUUCAGUCAUGAGGUUUUAUCUAGGAUCAUUUUAUCCGUUCAACCAACAGGGGAAGAGUGUAAGGAGGACGAAGGAGAAUCGGUUCAGCUGACGGAGGCCUAUUUCAAACCUAGAAUGCCAAAGUACAUGAGCUCAAUUGAUGGAGAUCUGAAAUCUGCUAAAAUAAAAUUGGGUAGAGUGGAUCUUGAAGAAUCAACUUCAAUUACUUUCAGUUUUCAUUCUUCGUCUCCAAACCGAGAGAUCGCGGAUGUCAAAGUGACCAUCGGAAGUUCAACCUCGGAGGACAUCUUGUGCGAAUUCGGCGCACCAUUGCGCACGUUUUGGAAGGAAGAUGACCGCAUGAAAAUACACACCCACCUCCGGUCGAAUGGCCGCUCUGGUGGACAGACUGAAGACCCAAAUCCGUACUUCAUGUCAUACUUCAACAUUGGUCUUGAUUUUUUGAUUGAUCCAAUCACAAAUGUGGUCUUGAAGGCAAUCCUGCAUUCUAAUAUUCCAGGGGAGGUCUUGUUUGCUCGAUACUCACGUUGCCCUUGGUCUCUUCGCUCCAUGGAUGGAAAUUUGGACAUUGCUUUGAGCACAGAUAAGGCAACUCACACCAACCAGCAGAUAAGGGCGAGUUUUGCCCAAAAAGAAGCUGAAGAUCGUAAACCAGAAGGACUAGCCGACAACGGUAAACUAUGUGAAUCCUUUAGCUCACAAGCGUUUGAAGGCUCACCAGACCAAAGAGCAUCGGAAGUCCCCACUCCUGCAAUCUCUAACAUGAUCGAGCCUGCCAUGCUUCUGGACAGGACUGCUGACGUGAUUGAUGACGGAUUGGUUCUAAGGAGACCAACGCGUCUCUAUGGGCAUCCUGGGAUUGUGCUCGAGGUCACUGAAGAUGACGAUGUUGAGACCGUCUGGUUGUUUUGAGUAACGUUCUAUCUGACAAAUGCGAAGCUCUGGCGGCGCCUGCAUGCUUGUUUGUGAGGUGCGAUUGUAGAUUACUUUUCAUAUCAUACGCUAGCUGGAUUGUAUCAUUUUGAAAUCUGUUGUACUUGUUUACUGCUAUCUAUCUAUUCAUUCAUGAAUGUAUGGUAUUGUUGGACGUUGGACUUGGUUUGUGAGCUAGCCAACCAUUCUGGAACGCACUUGUUGAAUUUAUUAUUGGGCUUCAUAAUCUUAUGGAGUUGGUGUUUCAUAUUCACUCUUACUUAUCUCACUCCAUUUGUUAGACUUGCCGGAGUGAUUCUUGCGGCUGACUCAAUAAAUGCAGUAUACAAGAAAAAU